ACAGAAACACAGUCCCCCCCCCAAACAAACAAACUUGAAAAAUCAGUUGGCGCUGCGAGCUCCCGAUCGUCCUGGUUGUUUUCUUCUUCUCCGCCGUUUGGCAGCGAGAGACUGGCCGUCAUGUCCACCUCUUUCGUCCAAGCUGAGAAGCUGCGCCCGACCCCUUUCGAGGUGGAAUAUUUCGACCAGUACGAUUUCUACAGCCUGACCGACAGAUACAGCGGUGGCUCUUCACGCAAAGGCCGUACCAAGAAAGAGGCUGAGGAUCAUACGAAUCGCCCAAAUCCUGGUGGCCAUGAGCGCAAGAUCGUCUUGAAGCUGCAACGCACAGAGCAGAAGCGGAAGGUGACAGCCUCCAAAAAAUGAAAACAUGCAGCUCUGAGUCUUGUCACGCUAUUCAGGUUCUGGACACCAUGGCAAUGUCGAUGAGGAUACGGAGACUGACGGAUGGGCGCCGAGUAAUUUGGCGGUUCCUUGCAUUACGGAAGAUGGAACAAAGCCUUAGGGUCACAUCAAGAGAGAGUGAAGGUGAAGGCCGUUGAGGUGGCUGCAGUCCACCCCAAAACCAAUCAGGGAAAAAACAGUGCCUUCAUUGUUACCCCUCACUCUGGAAAAGCAAAUGGAAUGAUGAUACACCUAGGCUUGGAAAGCAAACAGCUGUCCUAAGCUUUUUUUUCUUCAAUGUUACUCCCCCUGACCUCCAGUCAGGGUAUUGUGGUAUCUUAAAAUCAUUUUGAAAUUCACCCUGAGGGAGAUAUUGUUUCACCUAUGAGUGUGGUUGUUGUUAGCCCGGUUAAAUAACUUUGCUCUUUUCCUCUAGGAAAGGAUGGAGAUAGAAGAGGAGCAAGCUUUAGUUUUAGUAUGGGAGAGACAAGUUCGUAGCAAUGUCAAUCUCACAUUAAUCAGGGAAACAGGGUGGGGGGAGGAGAGUGGAUCAAGAGAAAUCCUGUAAUGGGAUAGAGGGAAUAGCAUUAUAUUCAGUGUUUAGUUCCUUAAGCCAACGUGUGUUUGUAUUUUUCCAUGUUAAAUAAAAUAUGCUUAACUGCU